CAUCUGUUUAAAAUCGGUUCAGCUGAAUAGUUCCGACCUGUGAACUAAUAACUUCAGUCCUUAGCUCAAUCCCUUUCUGGAAUGAUGAUGAACAAUGUUCUUGUGGGACUUUUUCUUGGACUUCUGGCUGUUGUCCAGAUGACACCAGUUCCUUCUGUGACCGAGAUCCCGGCCAAAGCUGAGGACGACGUUCUCCGAGAGGCGGUGACCGACGGCUUCCUCGUCAACUUCUUCACGACUGAAUCGCCCAAAACGAUCGCCACCGCGUCCCAGCAGCCGCCCUCUGACCCCAAAGAGGCAGUGACCGAGGUGCCCACUGAGGAGCCCAGCGAGGAGCCCACCGAGGAGCCCAGCGAGGAGCCCACCGAGGAGCCCAGUGAGGUGCUCAGCGAGGAGCCCACCGAGGAGCCCAGCGAGGAGUCAAGUGAGGAGCUCAGCAAGGAGCCCACCGAGGAGCCCAGUGAGGAGCCCAGUGAGGUGCUCAGUGAGGUGCUCAGUGAGGAGCUCAGCGAGGAGCCCAGCGAGGAGCCCAGUGAGGUGCUCAGCGAGGAGCCCAGCGAGGAGCCCAGUGAGGUGCUCAGUGAGGUGCUCAGUGAGGUGCUCAGUGAGGAGCCCAGUGAGGUGCUCAGUGAGGAGCCCAGUGAGGUGCUCAGCGAGGAGCCCAGCGAGGAGCCCAGUGAGGUGCUCAGUGAGGUGCUCAGUGAGGUGCUCAGUGAGGAGCCCAGUGAGGUGCUCAGUGAGGAGCCCAGUGAGGUGCUCAGUGAGGAGCUCAGCGAGGAGCCCAACGAGGAGCCCAGCGAGGAGUCCACAACUGCCGUGUUCAUCCAGCAUGGCGGUGACCACAAUACAACCACAACAGACCCAUCUACCACUCACAGCUCUCCAUCUGGCUCUACGCCCUCAUCAGUGCCAAAUGACGCCAAACCGUCAACCACCACCCACACCGCGGCCGCCCAGACCACUGACCCCGCUGUCUCCAGCUUCCUGAGCACUCUCAGUUUAGACUAUGGGUCUGGAUACGGAGUGGAUUAUGAGGAUUUCACCAUGAGCUCCAGCACGACCCCUGUGUCCGACACAGACAGUAGCACUGCAGCAUCGACCUCCGAGGCUGCUUUCAUCCAUCUGUUUGAGGACAGUGAAGGAUCCGGGUCAGGAUUGACAGCAGAAACCAGCAUCGCACCAUCGACUUCCACGGCUAUUCUCCUCCCAUCCACAACUCCCGGACCCGAGGUUUCUUCAACCUCAUCAGCCACCAAAGAAAAAGCAAUGAAUGAAACCAGUUUGUCUGAUAAUUCAAUCAUAAAAUCAGGUCGUAAACUACCCAAUUUUGAAGAAGCCAAUCCUCCAUCACUGCAGGGGGCAGCCAGCAGUACAACAGGUCUUCUUCUACCCAUUUUUGAAACUGGCAUUCCUCCAUCGCAGCAGGGGACAGCAAGCAGUACACCAGGUUGGGUCAUCAUCCUUGGUUUCAUCGUCGGUGUUGCAAUGCUGGUCAUGUUGUUAGCCGCCAUCGCUACCAGAGACAAGUGGAAUGGACCUCGCAAGGUGUCCGAGGCCGAGACCAAGACUGACUCCACCGACCAGCAGAGGGGGCAAGAGAUGGAGACAUUCCUGCCCAAGGACAAGCCCAUGGAGAACGGGAAGUCAGAGUACACUGUCAUCCCUCUGGAGGAACUUCCGGAGAGUUACUCAUCACACUGACAAGCAAGAGAGAGAGAGAGAGAGGGAGAGAGGGAGAGAGAGAGAGACCCUCGGGGGGCUUGGGACUCAUCACCGAAACCACGCGACUGUUUUUGUAACAGACGGAUUUGACCAGAGGAACAAAAACUGUUGGAGCAGAGAAGCCCUUCCUGAGCAACCAGCCUGAUCUGGUUUUUCCUGCUGACUUUCGCCACACCCUGCCUUAGAAUCAACACUUUGGUUGAUUUUAUUUAUUUCAAUAUGAACUCUGGCAUUAAAUGUAACAAGCCAAAUCGGUCUGGGCUGAGAUGCACGAAUGCCCUUUAUUUCAAAAACGACUACAAAAAGUCGACGCUUCAUUUCCUUUUGUGUCCUUUUGUAAAUACUUGAUGACAACCGUUUUUAAAUCUGUGAUGAAAGACAAUGAUUGUUUUUGUCAGUGCCUUCUUUUUAUUGUAACUUAAAUCACUUUGUGUUAAUGUUAUUAAAGACUGUGAUGUGGAUUGUAA